AGGGGAGGGACGGAGGGACGGGGAACCGAGAACUGGGGCCACGGGCCGCCCAAGGCCUCCCGGCUCGCCUUGUGGGCCAGAGCCGGACCCGUCCGCAGAGUUUUGACCCCGUAGCUUGAGAGGUUCCCGGGAUCAGCCAGCGCUUUUUUUCGGGAACCACUGAGGAGACGCGGGGGUUGGUGAGGCCUGAGAGGGCCAGAGACCGUGCCAGUGUGCGCCGAGAUAUUUGGAAUUCUUACAGCAUGGCAGACAUUGACAACAAAGAACAGUCUGAACUUGAUCAAGAUUUGGAUGAUGUUGAAGAAGUAGAAGAAGAAGAAACUGGUGAAGAAACAAAAAUCAAAGCGCGUCAGCUGACUGUUCAGAUGAUGCAAAAUCCUCAGAUUCUUGCAGCCCUCCAAGAAAGACUUGAUGGUCUGGUAGAAACACCAACAGGAUACAUUGAAAGCUUGCCUAAGGUAGUUAAAAGACGAGUGAAUGCUCUCAAAAAUCUUCAAGUUAAAUGUGCACAGAUAGAAGCCAAGUUCUAUGAGGAAGUUCAUGAUCUUGAAAGAAAGUAUGCUGUUCUCUAUCAGCCUUUAUUUGAUAAGCGAUUUGAGAUCAUUAAUGCAAUUUAUGAACCUACGGAAGAAGAAUGUGAAUGGAAACCAGAUGAGGAAGAUGAAAUUUCGGAGGAAUUGAAAGAAAAGGCCAAGAUUGAAGAUGAGAAAAAGGAUGAAGAAAAACAAGACCCCAAGGGAAUCCCCGAAUUUUGGUUGACUGUUUUUAAGAAUGUUGACUUGCUCAGUGAUAUGGUUCAGGAACAUGAUGAGCCUAUUCUGAAGCACUUGAAAGAUAUUAAAGUGAAGUUCUCAGAUGCUGGCCAGCCUAUGAGCUUUGUUUUAGAAUUUCACUUUGAACCCAAUGAGUAUUUCACAAAUGAAGUGUUGACAAAGACAUAUAGGAUGAGGUCGGAACCAGAUGAUUCUGAUCCCUUUUCUUUUGAUGGACCAGAAAUUAUGGGUUGUACAGGGUGCCAGAUAGAUUGGAAAAAAGGGAAGAAUGUCACUUUGAAAACCAUUAAAAAGAAGCAGAAACACAAGGGACGUGGGACAGUUCGUACUGUGACCAAAACAGUUUCCAAUGAUUCUUUCUUUAAUUUUUUUGCUCCUCCUGAAGUUCCUGAGAGUGGUGACCUGGAUGAUGAUGCUGAAGCUAUCCUUGCUGCAGACUUUGAAAUUGGUCACUUUUUACGUGAGCGUAUAAUCCCAAGAUCAGUGUUGUAUUUUACUGGAGAAGCUAUUGAAGAUGAUGAUGAUGAUUAUGAUGAAGAAGGUGAAGAAGCGGAUGAGGAAGGGGAAGAAGAAGAUGAGGAAAAUGAUCCAGACUAUGACUCAAAGAAGGAUCAAAACCCAGCAGAGUGCAAGCAGCAGUGAAGCAGGAUGUGUGUGGCCUUGAGGAUAACCUGCACUGUAAUAGCCUAAACACAACUAUUAUUUACUUACAGCCUUAUGUUUUUGUAUUUUCUUGGUAGACUCAGUAUUUUUUUUUUUAAAGGAAAGGAAUUGGUAUUUUAAAAACAAUUUUGUUCUACCUAGCAUUUUAACUUUAGUUUUUCUGCCAGAUAUAUUGAAUGCAGAAAUUCUCUCACACAUUGUCAUUCAUCUACAUAGUUUGGUUCUUCUGAGGUAUUUUUUAUCAUGUAAUUAUUAGAUUACAGCUACAAAAAUAAAACAACUAUUAAAUGAAA